GCCCUCGCGAGGCCAGAGGCUGAGGUGGCAGCGACUGUGCCGACAUGGAGCUGCUGCAGAUGCCGGAGUUGAUGGGGCUGUCGCUGUUGCUCGGGCUGCUGGCCCUGAUAGCGACGGCGGCGGUAGCGCGGGGGUGGCUGCGCGCGGAGCAGGAGACAUGCGGCCGGUCGGCAGGCCAAAGAGCAAAUGGACUUCCACCUGACAAGUCCUUGAGAUCCAAGAAGCAGAAACAACAUCAGCGGGUUCACAAGGAAAAGCCUCAGCAACACAACUUCACCCACCGCCUCCUGGCUGCAACACUGAAGAGCCACAGUGGGAACAUAUCUUGCAUGGACUUUAGCAGCAAUGGCAAGUACCUGGCCACCUGUGCAGAUGACCGUACUGUCCGCAUCUGGAGCACCAAGGACUUCCUGCAGCGGGAGCACCGCAGCAUGAGAGCAAAUGUGGAGCUGGACCAUGCCAUCCUGGUGCGCUUCAGCCCUGACUGCAGAGCAUUCAUCGUCUGGCUGGCUAACGGAGAUACCCUCCGUGUCUUCAAGAUGACCAAGCGAGAGGAUGGGGGCUAUACUUUCACGGCCACCCCAGAGGACUUUCCUAAAAAGCACAAGGCAGCCAUCGUCAACAUUGGCAUUGCUGACACAGGGAAGUUCAUCAUGACUGCUUCCAGUGACACAACUAUCAUCAUCUGGAAUCUGAAAGGUCAGGUGCUGUCCACCAUCAACACCAACCAGAUGCACAAUACAUUUGCUGCUAUAUCCCCUUGUAGCAGGUUUGUGGCCUCGUGUGGCUUCACCCCAGAUGUAAAAGUUUGGGAAGUCUGCUUUGGGAAAAAAGGGGACUUCCAGGAGGUUGUGCGAGCCUUUGAACUGAAGGGCCACUCUGCAGCCGUCCACUUCUUCGCUUUCUCCAAUGACUCCCGGAGGAUGGCCUCUGUCUCCAAGGAUGGUACGUGGAAACUGUGGGACACAGAUGUGGAAUACAAGAAGCAGCAGGACCCCUACUUGCUGAGGACAGGCCGUUUUGAAGAAGCAAGCACCAUGCCGUGCCGCCUGGCACUCUCGCCUGACGCCCAGGUUUUGGCUUUGGCCAGUGGCAGCAGCAUUCAUCUCUAUAACAGCCGGCGGGGUGAGAAGGAGGAGUGCUUCGAGCAGGUCCAUGGGGAGUGUAUCAGUGACUUGUCCUUUGACGUCACUGGCCGGCUUCUGGCCUCCUGUGGGGACCGCGCAGUGCGGCUCUUCCACAACACCCCUGGCUACCGGGCAGUGAUGGAAGAAAUGCAGGGCCUCCUCAAGCGGGCCUCCAAUGAGAGCACCCGCCAGAGGCUACAGCAGCAGCUGACGCAGGCCCAGGAGGCCCUGAAGAGCCUGGGUGCCUUGAGGAAGUGACUCAUGGGAGGGCACAGCAGGAAGGAUCUGGCCUUCUGCCUUCGCUGUCCCGGCUCUUCCAAGUACUCCCCAGCUGGAAGCCUUUUGAAAGGGGUGUGCUGAUUUUCUUAAUGGUGACUCCUCUCUCCUUUUUCCCAUUGAAACUAUUCUUGCCUACUUAGAUCUCUCUCUCUCUUCUUGCUGGUGUGACUCCUGGCCUUACUUGACCUCCCAGGCUAACGACCAAGGUGCUUCUCUUUUUCCUGGGCCCAAGGGGUGGAAUCUGUCUUCACCAGGCACUGAGGAGAGUGGUAAUUAGAAGAGAAAGAGAGAACAUGGUCUUUGACCUUGUGGCAACACACCCUGCUAUCCAAAGAAGUGUGUAAUUGUGGGACUUCCCUGACGGUCUAGUGGUUAAGACUCUGUGCUCCCAAUGCAGGGGGCCUGGGUUUGAUCCCUGGUCGGGGAACUAAGGAAAAAAAAAACGACAAAGAAGCUUGUAACUGUGGAGGCAAAACCUAGGGAACACCUGAGUACUAACCAGCAGUCUUGCAGGGAUGGGAGAUUGGGAAAUCUUCCAAUUCCAUAACUGUGGUAUGGCUCAGGGAAAGGCUGAUCUUAACCCAGCAAAGCACCUAACUUCAUCAAAAAGUGAUUAAGGGAUUCAUUCUGUGCCUCAGUUUUCUUAUUUGUGAAAUGGAGAAUAAUUAUCUCUUGACCUCAUUACAAAGAUGUUGUGAGAGUAUGAGGGUAUGAAGUCCCUAGAUUUGGAAGAAGAGUAGAAAAGAGUCAUAACAUAUGUUACCUGUUGUUGCAUAUCAGUUAUUAACUACAGGGUUAAAACAGGGCAGUUUGAAACUCAAUUAGAAAGAAACAUAUCCCUUGGGAAAGCCAAGUUUCUGGGACUUGAUCAUACAUUUCAUAUCUGGUUCUGCUUUAAGUUGUGUGGGAGAAUCACAGAAUCCCGAGAUAGGGCUCUUCUCUUCCAGGAGGUUAUAUCCUGUUUGAGGAGAACUUCUUUUCAGUUCACCAGACAUUUGAGUGCCUACUCUGUGCCUAGCACACAGCACUGGACCCUGGAGAUAAGUAUGAAUAAGACAUGGUUUCUGCCAUCAGAGGUGGCAGGUGGGAGAGGGGUUCACAUGCCCGUGAAGUGCUUUUGUUAGUUUAUUCAUAGCUGGAGAAGGCUGUUGUAAAAGUCAAAGCGAGAGAGAGGAUUGAAUCAGGACAGAGGCAAUGAAUAUGGAGUUGAAGUUGAAGGGUAGAUUUGAUAGAUUAGGUAUUUAGCAGUUCAAAUUUUGGGACUUUGAGGACUGCUUGGAUGUGAGAUGGAAAUGAGGAAUCUUAGGAAGACUUGAGCCUAGGGAAAAUUUACUCAUCCAGAAUAAAUUCUUCCUCCCUCUCCCUAAAACUGGGACCUCUGCUAGUCACCCCCAACUCAUAGAGAUAUUUGAACAAGUCACAGCCUUGGAGUUAUCCUUAGUUACUCCCUUUUCAUACUCUCUCCGCCCUACUGCACUACUGCCGUCCACUCCACCAGAAAAUUCUUUUGGUUACAUUCCAGUUUAUAUCCUGAAUCUGCUACCUCUCUCCAUCUUUUCUGUUACCAUCCUGGUUCUAGCCACUGUCACCUACUGGACUGCUAUAACAUAGCUUCCUCAUUGGCCUCCCUACUUCCUCUCUUGCCUCGUUAAGUCACUUUUCUACGUAGCAGGGUGAUCUUUUAAAAAUGUAAACCAGAUCCCAUUGUUCCCAAGUUAAAACCCUGGAAAGACACCCCAUCACAGUUGGAAUAAAAUCCAAAACUCUCACCAUGGCCUACAAGGUCCUAUGUAAUCUGGCUUCUUCCUUCCUCCGUGACCUUGUUACCACUUCCCUCCACCAAGCCAAGUUAUUUCCAGCCUCGAGGGGGACUUGUGCCUAUGCUUUUCCCUUUGCUUAGAAGCAUUUUUUUUUCUUCUGUUGGCAGUCUUGUCAUGCUUGUCAUAAUUCAGUUCUCAGUUUCGAUUAUACUUCAGAGAAACCCUCCCUGACCACCCAAUCUGAAGUAGCCCUUUACACCAAUCAUAUCGCAUCCAUCACAUUAGCUUAUUUUAUUUUAUUUUGCAUUACUUAAUGCUAUCUGAAAUUAUCUUGUUUGGAUAUUUGUUGGCUUCAGGGGUUUUCAGUUUAAGUGAUUAUGGAUGUCAAGUGGGUAAUAUAAGUGGGUGAUUUGGGCCACAGUCCUCUGGGUGUAAGACAGUAGGAAAUGGAACUGAAGUGAUCUCUAGGGGGCAUGUGUCCUGGGUAAGGGGCAGGUGUGGCUGCGACUUAAUAUUCAGGAUUCCAGUAGAAGUUGCCUGUUUCAGAGAAGCUAGAAGUUGGCAAUUCAUUAUAAACAGAAAAACUUAGGCACCGUGGGGACCAAACAGAAUGCUACUGUGGGCAGGAUGCAGACCAGCAGUCUCAUUGGCAGCUUCUGGAUUGUUCAUUAACCCACUGGAAUGUGACAAGACUCCUUGUCGGUCUUAUUUGCUCUGUAUCCCACACACAGUACCUGGGAUAGAGUAAGCACUCAAUAAAUGUUGAACUCAAACCAGAGCAGUUGACAGAAAUUUCAGUACCCUCUGUGUAUUGUGGUUUUAUGUUCCUAAGAAUAGACUUCUGAUUGAUAAUACUAUGCACCUGGGUCCUGGUGAAUACUUGCUUUCUGAUUGUUUGAAGAAUGAGACUAAAACACUUUGCAUAUCUGCUUGGCUCUGGCUUUACUCUCGUAUAUCCAGGAGAGGAAGUGACCACAGAAUGUUGAGUUACGGAAGUCAGAAGUCUUCAGUUCCAGUUUCAGCUGGGGCACUUACUGACUUGAGACCUUGAACAGACAGAUCACUUGACCUCUCUGAGUUUGUUUCCUCAUCUGUAAAAUGGGAAUAAAUCCUGUCCUUCGUGCUUUGCAGGGCUAUGAACUUCUAAUAAGAUGAAUGAAAGCACUACAAAAAAGUCAAUACAGAGACUUCCUGAGGACAGAAAGCUCCUCUCACUAAAGAUGAGGCUGCUUCUCUUGUAAGCAUGGAGAAGUUACCUAGAUACUCAUGUAGCCUAGAGGCCACCGUGGUUUUCUGGUAAAAAAUCCUUGUGUGUGAAGGCAGUGUUAAUACUUAAAUAUUACUAUUUCAAUGUGUGUAGGUUUGAAAUUUUUCAAAAUAAAAAUUUUGGGAAAUAUUUUAAAAUGGUGCUUUAUAGAUUAUUUUUAUCAGUCAUCAAAAAUAGAAAAAAAUAUUUAAACCACAAAAGUGCACAUCUAAAGGCCUGUUGAUAGUCUUCAUCAAUUUCAAUUAAGGUAAUGAGAAUACUGUUAUUUAAAAGAUGUUCUGGGGGAUUCCCUGGCUGUUCAGUGCUUAGGACUCCAUGCUUCCACUGCAAGGGGCACGGGUUCGAUCCCUGGUCGGGGAACUAAGAUCCCGCAAGCUGCACUGUGCAGCCAAAAACAAAAAAGAUGUUCUGCAAUUAGAGAUUAUAGGAGGUAAGUAGGAAGCACAUACUCUGGUGAUGAGUUAUCAAUGAUGGUGGGUUGGGACUUC